CGACGGGUCACACAGCAGUAACAGUAGUGUCAAGACCAACAAUGCACCAGAUUACGAAGACCUAUGUCGGCGCUCUUCUUUUGACACCACUGCUACUGCUGCUGCUGUCGAGCAAUUGCUGGCAGUUGCACAACCAUUGCCUGCUGAUGGCUUCCAACAACACUAUCAUUAUCACCACCAACACCGAGGAUCUCUACCCAAUCUCUACAUUCCCGGCAUGACCCAAUCCUCCUCAUCCUCAAUGUCGUCCUGGACUGACAAUGGCAAGAUCAGUAACCAUGCCAGUCAUUACCAUAGCAACGGUAGCAACAAGAAACGUCCCUCAUCAUCGCCUAAGCAACAGCGUACCAAACGUCGUCUUGUCAACGGUGGAGCUACCACCACCAAACCAGCCAAUCAUGCAGUGGCGUCAGCAGCAGCAACAGCGGCAGUGUUGGCGCGAAGCAAAUCUGUCGAUUUCACUGCUUUUGACAACAACAGUAAAGAAUGGUUUGCUGCUGUUGCUACUGCCAACGCUUCUCCUAGUGCCGACCAUAGCAGCCGAGACGACGCAGACGCUGAUAGUGGUCACAGCAGCCACAAUCGAAACCAGAAAGAGCUUAAUACCGAGCAACACGUAGAAGAAGCGUUUCCUGAAAUCAACGAUGUGGACUGGGACAUAGCACGACACAACCCGAGCGCUGUACCUAGACGCCAAAAGCUACGAUACGAUGGAGACGAGUAUACGCCCAAAUGGGUCCGCUAUACAGGACAAUUGAAAGAAGGGUAUUGCGAUAGUUGCAAACUGGGUAAAUGGCUACAGCUGAAAAACAGCGCAUACUGGUACCACAAGCAGUUCUUUCAUGGCAUCUCCUCUGUUUCUGGAAAACGAUUUCUGGAACCUCUUGAGCAACGUGCGGGUGAUCACGAUGUCGUUGAGGGUCUGUGCCAUCAGUGUCAACAGUUUGUGUCCAUCUGUAAUGCAAAGAGGAAAACGAGCGUUUUAUGGUAUCGUCACGCACACAAGGCAAGUAGCACCAAACCCGCCACAAUUGCGUACCAGUAGCAGUAUGAGUGCAAUACGACUAAUUUACCAUAACG